GCUAGCCCGCCCUCCUGCCGCAGCCCGCAGCCUGCCGCCACCACCAGGUUGUGCCUCAGACUGUCAGAUAAAGCGGCGGGCCGGGCCCGCGGGGCGGUGAGCACGGCCCGGGCCGGACAUGGCGGCGCUCUACGCCUGCACCAAGUGCCACCAGCGCUUCCCCUUCGAGGCGCUGUCUCAGGGGCAGCAGCUGUGCAAGGAAUGUCGGAUUGCACACCCAGUUGUGAAGUGCACCUACUGCAGGACUGAGUACCAACAGGAGAGCAAAACCAAUACAAUUUGCAAGAAAUGUGCUCAGAAUGUGCAAUUAUAUGGAACGCCCAAACCUUGCCAGUAUUGCAACAUAAUUGCAGCAUUUAUUGGCAAUAAAUGUCAGCGUUGCACAAAUUCAGAGAAGAAGUAUGGACCACCAUAUUCUUGUGAGCAGUGCAAGCAGCAGUGUGCAUUUGACAGGAAAGAUGAUAGAAAGAAGGUAGAUGGGAAAUUGCUGUGCUGGUUGUGCACACUUUCAUACAAACGUGUUCUCCAGAAGACCAAAGAGCAAAGGAAGCACCUGAGCAGCUCUUCUCGUGCAGGCCACCAGGAGAAGGAACAGUACAGCCGCCUGAGUGGUGGCAGCCAUUAUAACAGCCAGAAAACACUUUCUACAUCUUCAAUUCAAAAUGAAAUCCCAAAGAAAAAAUCCAAGUUUGAUUCAAUCACAACAAAUGGAGACAGCGAUGCUUCCUCUUACGAGCUGCUUUGUCCUAAUAUCCAGAGCGCCCCGUCCGUGUUGGUGCAGUGGGCUGCUUCCCAACAGAGUCUUGGGGUCAACCAUUUUCCUGUUCCUCCAGGCCUGGGCAUCUUGAACUUUUCCCCAGACCUGGCUCUGGAUUCACCAGGCACUGACCACUUUGUCAUCAUUGCUCAACUAAAAGAAGAGGUAGCUACUCUGAAGAAGAUGUUGCAUCAAAAGGAUCAAAUGAUCUUAGAGAAAGAAAAAAAGAUUACAGAAUUGAAGGCUGAUUUUCAGUACCAGGAAUCUCAGAUGAGAGCCAAAAUGAACCAAAUGGAGAAAACUCACAAAGAAGUCACAGAACAAUUGCAGGCCAAAAAUCGAGAACUCCUGAAGCAGGCAGCUGCCUUGUCCAAGAGCAAGAAGUCUGAGAAGUCAGGAGCCAUAACCUCCCCAUGACAGACCACAGGAGGCUCCUCAGCAACAGCGAUGGGCUCAUCCUGGGUUAGGGUUGGAGACCUGGCUGUUCUCUGGGAAUUGCAAACUUUCUUAAGAAAUCUCUAUUUUAUUACAGUUAUCCUUCUUUGUGCGAUUGCAGUGAGCUGAAUGGAAACACCUAGUUUGUGCUGUGUUGACUGCAUGCUUGAGUGUUUGGGAUUUCAGGUUUGUUCUCCUUCCCUUUCUCUCACACUGCUCCUUUCUGUGUUUUUCUUCCUCCUCUACCACCUCCUUCUCUCUUCUCUCCCUUCCCUUCCCUUCUUCUCUGUGUAUUUUGGUUCUACUCUUUUUUUUGUGGUGGUCACUGCUCAGUGUUAUGUGCAGAGUGAUUUUUUUAUGUCCAUACCCAUGAGCAAAUAGUUUGGUAUUAAUUGUAUAUCACUGCCACCCUCUAACUUUAAAAACUGCCACCUUUUGGUACAAUGAGAGAGGCUUUCUCUCUCCAAUAAACCUUUUGCUUCAGGGUAUACUUUUGGGUUUUUUUCCAGGUAUAUUAUGUAUGAACUUUGUACUAUGUAUAGCCAGAGUUUUAUUUAUUUUUUAAAAAAGAAACUUUUUCUUGAUAAAGGAAUAAUGGUAGCCUAGCUAGUUGUUCUUGUAAAAGCGAUGCCUCUUGGGGAAAAAAAAAAAAAAAGUCCUAUUCUCUAGCUUUUAGUAAAUGAAUCAGAUCUCUUUCUUGUUACCUUAGAGUCUUAAAAACCAAUUGCUAAGGUGAAAUAUUUCAAUGUAUAAGUAUGGAGUUAAGUGCCUUUUGGAGGAUUUCUUGGAAGAACAUUCAAGGAGAUACUUAAGGGAGAUUGCAAAGAUUUUAAACAGUCUGUCUUUUUAAGUAAGGGCAGAAAGAAAGGUUGUCCAGGUUAUACUGGACACUUCCCUCCCCCACCCCUUUCCUUAUUCUUUUAUGUAAUUGAUUUUAAAUUCUCACACUGCCACUUCUUUAAAAAAAAAAAUACCCUUUACUUAUAUCACUUGUCAUACUGGGCUAUUAUUGUCUGAAAACAUUUUUCUUUAACAG